AUGCUUUGGCCCAAACGAAGUGUCCUUCGCCCAGUCUCGGCGACUACCUGCCUCGUCCCUGUGUUCCCAGCGUUUAGACAUGAUACCCAGUAUCUCGCUCGACCGCACUCUACAAAUGCGCAAGGAAACACUGCACCAGGCAUAGCUGGCAAAUUCCUAGCCAAGUUCCAAUCCAUCGGGCCUCAAAAGCGGACGCAGGUCCUGGACGCAAAUCAACUACAGCUUCUUUCUCUAACGCUAAACAAGAACCACUUAUAUCCAGGAUAUCCUCCGCUGUCUUUUCCUCCCUCUCAAGCAGCAAACCAGAGCGCAUCAGUACUAGCUACGGGGAUUCCAGUUCCACCAGGCUAUCAUCUGGUCUAUUUUACUCCGCAGUUUUUAGAGGAGCACCUAGGGCCUGAUGGGACUGACGUAUCUUAUAAUCCAGAUCCUCCUUUUACAAGAAGGAUGUGGGCUGGUGGAGAGAUGAUAUGGCCGCGGGAUAGAGGUGAUAAACGGCCAAAUCUGCUUAGGGCUGGCCAGAUAGUGACUGAGACAACCAAGCUUCUAAGCGCAGAACCAAAGAUUAUCAAGAAAACCGGAGAUGAGAUGAUUGUUGUUGGUGUGGAAAAGACCUUUGAGAAUGAAAAUGGAGUUGCUUUGAUAGAUAGACGCAAUUGGGUAUUCCGCAAAGCUCUCAAGGCCUCACCUCCAGGGAACACACCCUCGAGGCAGAUACCCCCUGUCGUUAACACGUUGAAUUCACCGGGAUCCCUUAUUCCUACAACUUCAACAAACAAUGUCUACACUCUUAGCUUGAAACAGUCGCCAGUGACCUUAUUUCGGUUUUCUGCGCUUACUUUCAAUCCGCACAAGAUACAUUACUCAGUGCCCUGGGCACAAGAUGUUGAAGGUCAUAGAAACAUAGUGGUCCACGGACCAUUGAACUUGAUAUCCAUGCUCAAUUUUUGGAGAGAGACACGAAAUAGGGGUGAUAAAGACCCAGAAUUAAUCAUUCCAGAACGCAUCAAGUACAGGGCGACACAUCCUUUAUAUGCUGAUGAGGAAUAUCGCCUUGUUCUUGAAGAUACACCAGAGAGCUCAAAAAUCGAUAUAUAUAAUCUCGAGGGCAAAGUCAGUAUGAACGCGGAAAUUAUUAACUAA